GCUAUUGUUGGUUCAAAGAAUUUAAAUACGUUUGAAAUAUAUAAUACACUUAAGUUUGUGCAUUAAAAUUAAAAUCUUAGUUUGGACAAAAUUAGAAAAAGUAAUUUUCAAAUUUACACAACUCAAUUACAUUAAAUGAAUGAAAUAAAGUUGUGUUGCUUCUGCAGUACCGCACUUUGAUCAGCAGGUGGAGCUGCACAUGCGCAUGCGCAGAUAGAACGCACAUGGUUCACUCUCCUGAUUACGGUCGGCCAUUUUCUGCAUUAACGUCUUGUGAACAAAAUUACUUUACAAGCGGAGAAAACGGAGAAGGUUUUGUCUAUAUGUGGAGACACAGAGUUUGGAAGUUAUGCCUCAGGAGUCCCACAAGUGGCUGUGCAGAGAUUGUGGCUCAUUUCACACAUCCAGAUCAACGCUUUUAAAACACUUCAGAAAGGUUUGAUGUAAUGGAUAGCACAGCCAAGCUUCUAGUAAUCUUGGGAGAUAACGACUGUGAAAGGUUAAUUCUCCCAACUGGUAUACCAGACUCAUUGAAUGACCUUAAAAGAGAAAUCCAAACACAACUUGGAGUACAUGAACAUUUUCGAAUACAAUUCAAAGAUCCCGAUUUUAAUGAUUUUGUUAACCUCAGUUCAACUUCAGACAUACAGGACAGAGCCACACUUAAGGUGAUUCAGUUGCCUUCAUCUACAAGUAGCUCUUCUGCUCCAUCUGUGCCAGAAGUAAUUGAGACAUCUUCGGGCUCAUCCUGUGACACAGACAUCAUUUCAUCUUCACAUUCAUCUGCACCUUCCUCAUCCUCACAUUCAUCUGCACAUUCAACUCCAGAAUCUCUGUGCUGUGUUAGAAAUAAGGUAUGGCCUCAAAGUUUUCCAAUACCACAGUUUAGUUUUGAUGCUGAGAUGCAACUGCAAAAAGCUCAGCUGGCUUAUCAAACGGAUGGUACUCUUCUCAGCCCCAAUACCAAGCUGAAGUCUGACAUUUUAGAUGCUUUAGCUGCAGAAAUAAUAAAGUACAAGGCAUACCCCUCAACUGCAGAUCUUGAUGAUGUAGCUUCUGCUUUGGUACAGAAGUUCCCUUGCCUCAAAGAAAAAGGCUCUGCAAGUGGCUACUAUGGCUGGAAAAUAAGUUUAAAAUACAAGAUGGCAAACUUCCGAACAAAAUUGAGGAACAUAGGAUGUUCUGAGCUAAACAUCAACUCACACAAGCGAAAAGGAUCAGUGGGAAGUCCUAACCAAGUGAAGAAACCUAAAAAAGCUGAGGUAAACUAUUGUCCGGAUUACCCACUGGGAGAAACAAAAGAAACACUUGAACAUCAAAGAAUUGCACUACUGUCUGAGGUGACUAAAAGAAACAAUGAGCAGGUUAUCAGGGGGCUGAUGGACAGAACAUUUUCGCUUAGAAGACAUGAGGUGGUUGAAGAUUUGCCUGGCAUUGGUGAAUUUAAGAAUAGAUGGCCAGCACUGUUUAAUGAACGAGAGGUUUCUGCAGAAUUCAGUAGGAUUACAACAAUCCCUUUGGUGUCCAAAUUCAUGGGUCAGCUCGAUCAUUUCUCAACUCAGCUUAUCAGUGUUUUCAGAAAGAAAGGAGGAGCAGCAGGACAGAAGAUCAACAACAUCAUGUCAGUUUUGGAUCAGAAUGUUUCCAUCGAAAAAAGACGUGAAUGCAUCCUAAAAGCACUCGUUGUUUAUGUGAACGAAGACCCCUCAAACCUUGUGAAGGAGUACAUGGAUGUUGAACAUGAAGAAGCCCAAACCUUGAUGCGCAACACCACCCUUGGAAUCUAUGUCAUCAACCCUGAAGGGGCACAUGCUACAGACCCCUACCAAGAUGUUGGCAUCAUCAUUGAAGGCAUCAAAAUACUUGAAAACCUUAACAAUGUGGCACAUGCGUGUUCUAUGAUGCUUGGUCUGAUUUAUGCAUUCAACUUGGCCUACCCGCAAGAUUUGAGGUACACUUUUGAGAUAUUUCAAAAGCUUUUGAUGGAGCUAGAUGCCAACAAGCUGUCAAACAAGGUCCAUGUCCUAAAAAAUAAGCUUCUUUUCUAAGUACUAAGUUGAGGUCAGGAUCAAGUGAUGGUACUUGUUUCCACAAUGUUACACUGCAUAAAAUUAUUUUCA